UAGUUUGUUUUUUUUUUUUUUUUGGAAUUUUUGUGUUAAAUAGCGCUGUCGUUCUCACGCUGGCAAUUAGAAGUUAACAACUAUUUAUAUAGCAGAAACCGAAUCGUUAUUGCCGCCGUUCAAAAUUGAGUUUCAAGUGAAAUUUCUAGUUAAUAACAUUGUGUGCAUUUUUGUGGAAUUGUGAAAUUGUUGGUGGCGGCAACAGACAUCGGAUCGGAAAAGCGAAUUAUAAGCCCAUAUUGUGAAAUCGUGGCAAAACAAUCAACUUAAGUAAACCACACAAGAACACAAACCGAAGUGCAAAUUACAACAACAACAACAACAUCUACAAUUACAACAGGAGCAGCGAAAAAUCGGAAGAAAAAAAACUAAAGAGAAGUUCGUUAAAUUGACGUUGGUCAGUUGAGUUUGUCGUUUGGUUACACAACCAACAACAACAACAAAAAUAAAUUCUGAAUCGGCAUUCGAAAUCAGAAUCAAAACGUGUGUGAAAAACAUCAGCACGCGGUCACACACAGACACACACUUACACACAGACACACACUUACACACAAACACACGGCACACAGAGACAGCGUCAGCGAGAGCGUGCAAAAGAGACAGCGUCAGCAGCGCAGACAGUAAGAGCGAGGGCAGCAGCACCAACAACAAACAGGUCAUUUUUGUUUGUGCAACCGUCGCCGUCGCCGCUAGGCAUUCUCUCUCUCGCUCUUCAUAUAAUCCAAACGGCGAGAGCAACAGCUGAGCAGCAUCCAACAAGAAGCCGCAAAAUUCUGAUUGGAGCGCACGCGUUUGUUGCUUUUAUCAUUGUUCUACAGCAUUUACCGCAAUGGGCCUAUUAAGCGAGGGCAACCCACUCUCCUGGGAGGAGACCAAAAAACUGGCAAAUCAUGUACGAGAGCAUGGCAUCAAUCAGUUCAUAAAUCUGUAUCACAGACUCAAGGAUCGCCAGGGCGAUAUACUCAAAUGGGGCGAUGAGGUCGAAUAUAUAAUUGUCAAGUUCGAUGAUGACCAAAAGGUGGCACGUGUCGCACUCAAGGCCAAGGAUCUGCUGGCGAAGCUCAAUGAAAAGGAACUGGCCGAUCCGAAGGGCGUGAAAUCGUUGUGGCGUCCCGAAUAUGGCGCCUACAUGAUCGAGGGCACGCCGGGCAAACCUUUUGGCGGCCUUAUGGCCCACUUCAAUCUGGUCGAGGCGAAUAUGCGCUAUCGUCGCGAAGAGGUCACCGAGCUGCUGGCCAGCGAUGAGUGUGUGAUGUCCAUUACAAAUUUUCCACGUCUUGGUGCGCCAAACUUUACGUAUCCAUUGUAUCAGCCCCGGCCCGAGGAUCCGCUUAGCGCUGCGCGUUCCCUCUACUUUCCGGACGAGGCCAUCUUUCCGGGCCAUCCACGCUUCAAGACGCUCACGCGCAACAUACGCAUGCGACGCGGCGAGAAGGUCUCCAUCAAGCUGAAGGUCUUCAAGGAUGUGAACACAAAGCUGCCCGUCGAGGGUGCACCGCCCGGUGAGCCGGAUGUUGUGCUGCUGGAUGCCAUGGGCUUUGGCAUGGGCUGUUGCUGCCUCCAGUUGACAUUUCAGGCGUGCAACAUAACGGAGGCACGUCGUCUUUAUGAUCAACUGGCGCCGCUCUGCCCGAUCAUGUUGGCAUUGACUGCCGCCUCGCCGGUUUAUCGAGGCUAUCUAACCGAAUCGGAUUGCCGCUGGAAUGUGAUCAGCUCCUCGGUGGAUUGCCGCACAUUGGAGGAGCGCGGCCUUGAGCCGCUAACAAAUAGUAAAUUUCAUAUUGCCAAGUCGCGUUACGAUUCUAUCGAUUCGUAUCUGUCACCGGAGGGCGCCAAAUACAAUGAUGUGAAGCUUACGUACGAUGAGGAGGUUUACAAGCGUUUAAUCGAGGGCGGCAUCGAUCAUCUGUUGGCCCAGCAUGUGGCCCAUCUGUUCAUUAGGGACACUGUGUCCCUGUUCAGCGAGAAGGUCCAUCAGAAUGAUAAAGAGGACACAGAUCAUUUUGAGAACAUUCAAUCGACAAAUUGGCAAACGAUGCGCUUCAAGCCGCCGCCACCGAAUAGCUCGAUUGGCUGGCGUGUCGAGUUUCGUCCGUGCGAGGCGCAAAUCUCGGACUUCGAGAAUGCGGCCAUUGUUUGUUUUGUGGUGCUGCUCACGCGUGUCAUCUUAUCGUAUCAGCUCAAUUUCCUAACGCCCAUCAGCAAGGUCGACGAGAAUAUGCAGACGGCCCAGAAGCGUGACGCGUGCCGCAAGGAGAAAUUCUGGUUCCGCAAAUCGUCCAAGUCGACGGAACAGCGCGCCGCCUGUGUCCAGAUCAAUGGCACCUCGAGCGCCACAAAUGGCAGCAGCAGCGAUGAGGCCAGCAAUGCUGAGCCAACCCUCUACAAUGGCACCGCCAAGCUGAACGGACAUGGCAUUGGACUCAAUGGCAAUGGGAAUGUCAAGGCCAAUGGCACACACACUCAAAACGGUGCCGACAGCGAUCACACCGAUACGGAUGAUGAGGAGAACGAGCUGUUCCAGCUGCUGACCAUCAAUGAGAUCUUCAAUGGCAAGCCUGGUGUAUUUCCUGGCCUGGUGCCGCUAAUACGCAGCUAUCUGCAGUCCAUGGAGGUGGACACGGACACGCACUGCACCAUUGAACAGUAUCUGCGCUUCAUACAGAAGCGCGCCGCCGGCGAGCUAAUUACAACGGCCACCUGGAUACGCGAGCAGGUGCUCAGCCAUCCGGACUACAAAAAAGAUUCGGUGGUUAGCGAGCGAAUUAACUAUGAUCUGCUCAAGUGCAUACAGCGCAUACAGGAGGGCAAGCAUGUGGAGCCGGCGCUGCUUGGCCAGGGCAAUCAUUCCAAGACGAAAGAUUUCAUUCCGCCCGCACUCCAGAAGCAGCUGGCCAAGACUGGCUGCUGUGAGGACAAAUGAUUGCGCUGAUAUAGCUCAAGCACACACACUCGCGCACACACACACACACACACAACAACAACAA